AUUUACAGAGUGCACCUUUUGAAUUUCCCUCCCAGACUGAGAUUUACCCAUGAACUGCCAUUGGUGCUUACCAUUAGCCAAGCUAGCAUAAAACUCUGGCCGCGUGCCAAGCUAAAAUUUUCUUUUUGGACGCCUUCAGACCAGCUUUUUGCUCCUUCGGCGCCUGAUCGCCUCGAUAGCAAAGCACACUCAAUUUCAGCAGCGCCUUACGCCUUUAACGCCUCAAGGCGCGCCUUUUAAUUCAUUGCCGCCUAUGACAUAUUCUUUUGUAAAGUAACAGCACCGAAAGAAAGAUGUGUCGACCUGUAUGGUCAGCGACACUAUUGUUCUCAUGGUGGUCUACCUCAGUUCCCCACUAAAUCAGAAACCCAAAGACGGAUAACAUUUGGUUAUUUUGUAUUACACAUUUCACACUAAUCUAGCUCAAACCAGUACAAGAAAUGAUAAUUUCCUCAUCCACUGCCAUGGCGAAAUUCCCUCACAUCUCAUGCUUAUUGCUUCUCUUCACAUUGUCAUCUCUUCCAGAGACAUUCGCAGCCCGCAGACUCUCACUCAAAGAAGCCACCAUAGACGAUCUCCAGCUCGCUUUCAAGCACAACCAACUCACCUCGAGGCAACUUGUUCAAUAUUACCUUGCCCAAAUCCGAAAACUGAACCCGGUUCUCAAAGGAGUCCUAGAAGUCAAUCCAGAUGCGCUUCACCUUGCCGACAAGGCUGACUACGAGCGCAGGACCAAGGCACCAGUGUCACUACUCUCUAAGUUGCAUGGCAUUCCUAUUCUGGUCAAGGACAACAUUGCAACCAAGGAUAAGAUGAACACCACCGCCGGCUCCUUUGCGCUGUUUGGAUCUGUCGUGCCUCGUGAUGCCGGCGUGGUGGAGAAGUUGCGGAAAGCAGGGGCUAUCAUUUUGGGAAAGGCUAGCUUGAGCGAGUGGUCACAUUUUAGGUCUACUAAAACCCCCUCUGGUUGGAGCGCCAGAGGCGGUUAUGGCUUGAACCCUUACACAUUCUCAGAGCCUUGCGGCUCAAGCAGCGGUUCAGCAAUAUCAGUCGCAGCAAAUCUGGUAGCGGUGUCAUUAGGUACCGAGACAAGUGGUUCAAUCUUAUGUCCAUCAAGUUUGAACUCAGUUGUGGGCCUCAAACCAACAGUCGGUCUUACUAGUCGAGCAGGGGUUGUCCCAAUUUCUCUAAGACAGGAUACUGUUGGGCCAAUUUGUAGGACAGUAGCAGAUGCUGCUUAUGUUCUUGAUGCCAUAGCAGGGAUCGACCACAAUGACAUUGCAACAAUUGAGACAUCAAAGUUCAUUCCCAAAGGUGGUUAUGCACAGUUUCUCAGGCGCGACGGACUUAGUGGAAAAAGAAUAGGGAUAUUGGGAGCCUUCCAUGACUUUGGCAAUGACACUUCCUUGGCUCAAACUUUUGAGAAACAUCUCAACACUCUGAGGAAAGGAGGAGUUGUUUUGGUAGACAAUUUGGAAAUUGCUAAUUUGACUGAAAUCUAUUCUAGAAGCGAUGAAUAUGCUGCAUUCCGUUGA